CGCGCCGGGUCGUGUCUCCCGGGAGAUGCUGUGACGGACCGCACGGAAGCAGCAACGUCGCGGCCCUCGGCGGCUUGGCCCGCGGGCUCAGUGAAAGUAUGCAAGACUUGACAGCUCAAGUGACUAGUGAUCUCCUGCGGUUCCCAGAAGUGACUGUUGAAGCCCUCGGAGAAGAUGAGAUAACACUAGAGUCUGUGCUUCGUGGGAAGUUUGCUGCAGGGAAAAAUGGACUAGCAUGCUUAGCUUGUGGUCCACAACUUGAAGUUGUAAACUCCCUAACAGGAGAGCGGCUGUCUGCGUAUAGAUUCAGUGGAGUAAAUGAGCAGCAGCCUCCUGUGGUCCUUGCAGUGAAAGAAUUCUCUUGGCAUAAGAGAACUGGAUUGUUAAUAGGAUUGGAAGAAGCAGAUGGGAGUGUUCUUUGUCUUUAUGACCUUGGUAUAUCAAGAGUGGUCAAAGCAGUUGUUCUUCCUGGAAGGGUGACAGCUAUUGAGCCUAUAAUUAACCAUGGAGGAGCCAGUGCAAGUACCCAGCAUUUGCAUCCCAGUCUGCGAUGGCUUUUUGGCGUGGCUGCUGUGGUGACUGAUGUGGGACAGAUCCUUCUUAUUGACCUGUGUUUGGAUGACUUGUCAUGCAGUCAAAAUGAAAUAGAGGCAUCAGACCUUGAAGUUAUCACUGGCAUCCCAGCUGAAGUACCACAUAUCAGAGAGAACGUGAUGAGAGAGGGACGCCACCUGUGUUUCCAGUUAGUAAGCCCAUCGGGAGUAGCCAUUUCUACUCUCAGUUACAUCAGCAGGACAAAUCAGCUUGCUGUGGGUUUUUCUGAUGGCUACUUAGCACUUUGGAACAUGAAAAGCCUGAAAAGAGAAUACUAUACACAAUUAGAAGGUGGAAGGGUUCCUGUCUAUGCGGUUGUCUUUCAAGAGCCUGAGAAUGAUCCUCGUAACUGCUGUUACUUAUGGGCUGUUCAGUCCACACAAGAUAGUGAAGGGGAUGUUUUGAGUUUGCAUCUGCUUCAGCUGGCUUUUGGUGAUAGAAAAUGUUUGGCAUCAGGGCAAAUCUUAUAUGAGGGAUUAGAAUACUGUGAAGAAAGAUAUACGCUGGAUCUAGCAGGUGGCAUGUUCCCCUUAAGGGGACAGACUAGUAAUACCAAACUGUUGGGAUGCCAGAGUAUAGAGAGAUUUCCAUCUCAUGGUGACAGAGAAGAGAGUGUGAGAGAAGCUCUGUCCCCUGAUACUAGCGUUUCUGUCUUUACCUGGCAAGUGAAUAUAUAUGGACAGGGAAAGCCUUCUGUAUACUUAGGGCUUUUUGACAUAAAUCGUUGGUAUCAUGCACAAAUGCCCGAUUCCUUAAGAUCAGGAGAAUCUCUGCACAAUUGCUCUUAUUUUGCAUUGUGGUCAUUGGAUUCAGUUGUAAGUAGGACUUCUCCACAUCACAUCUUGGACAUACUAGUACACGAGAGAAGUUUAAGUCGAGGGGUUCCUCCUUCCUAUCCACCUCCAGAGCAGUUUUUUAACCCAAGUACUUUUAAUUUUGAUGCCACUUGUUUGUUAAACUCUGGGGUUAUCCAUGUAACUUGUACUGGAUUUCAGAAGGAGACUCUGACAUUUUUAAAGAAAUCAGGACCAACUCUUAAUGAAGUCAUUCCUGAUAGUUAUAAUCGAUGUCUUGUUGCUGGUCUCCUCUCACCAAGACUUAUUGAUAUUCAACCUUCCAGUUUAAGUCAAGAAGAACAGUUAGAAGCUAUAUUGUCAGCAGCAAUUCAGACAAGUUCCUUGGGGCUUUUGACUGGUUACAUCAGAACAUGGAUAAUUGAAGAACAACCAAAUUCUGCUGCUAAUCUACGGUUUGUUCUUGAAUGGACAUGGAAUAAGGUGGUUCUCACAAAAGAAGAAUUUGACCGGCUUUGUGUGUCUUUGUUUGAUGGGUCCUGUCGUUUCAUCGACCCACAGACCAUCCAGUCCAUCCAGCAGUGCCAUUUACUGCUUAGCAACCUUAAUACAGUCUUAAGCUGUUUUGCAAUGGAGGCCCAGGGUAUCACUGAGAGAGGACUGGUGGACUUGAGCAAUAAGCAUAUGGUUACCCAGCUUAUCUGUCAGUAUGCACAGAUGGUCUUAUGGUUCUGUCACUCUGGGCUUUUACCUGAAGGCUUAGAACUCCCAGAUGAUGCUCUGCAGCUGUCAAGACUACGCUACAACUACCCUGUAAUUGAGAACUACUACGCCAGUCGUCGGCAGAAGUGGGAGCGCUCGCCCAGAGGAAAGUGGAACCACGACUGUUUGAUGAUUGAUGGACUAGUCUCUCAACUAGGAGACGAAGUUGAGAAGUUGUGGAAACGGGAUGAAGGCGGCACAGGAAGAUAUCCUCCUGCUAGCAUCCAUGCAUUACUUGAUAUAUAUUUAUUAGACAACAUUACUGAAGCAAGCAAACAUGCUAUUACCAUUUAUUUGCUGCUUGAUAUUAUGUAUUCCUUUCCAAAUAAAACGGAUACCCCCAUUGAAUCUUUCCCAACUGCCUUUGCUAUUUCUUGGGGCCAAGUUAAGCUAGUUCAAGGAUUUUGGCUGCUAGAUCAUAACGACUACGAGAAUGGUCUAGACCUUCUGUUUCACCCAGUUACUGCAAAACCUGCAUCAUGGCAGCAUUCAAAGAUAAUUGAAGCCUUUAUGAGUCAGGGAGAGCACAAACAGGCUCUCCGGUAUCUUCAGACAAUGAAGCCAACAGUGUCCAGUAGCAAUGAUGUUAUCCUUCACCUUACUGUUCUUCUUUUUAACAGAUGCAUGGUUGAGGCCUGGAACUUACUGCGACAGAACUCAAACAGAGUAAAUGUAGAGGAAUUACUAAAGCAUGCUUAUGAAGUUUGUCAGGAGAUGGGCUUAAUGGAGGACUUACUGAAGCUACCGUUUUCAAACACUGAACAGGAAUGUUUAGUGAAAUUUUUACAGUCCAGUACCAGUGUUCAGAAUCAUGAAUUCCUUCUAGUUCACCAUUUACAGCGGGCCAAUUAUAUUUCUGCAUUGAAACUAAACCAGACUCUGAAGAAUAAUCUCACGAGUGAUCGUGACCCUCGAUUGCGGGAGAGAUCAGUGACUCGAAAUUCUAUAUUAGACCAGUAUGGGAAAAUCCUACCUAGAGUCCAGAGAAAAUUAGCUGUUGAGCGAGCUAAGCCUUACCAUCUGUCAACAUCAUCAGUCUUUCAAGAAGUUUCUAGACCCAAGCCAUUAUCGGCAUUUCCAAAGAAAGCUGUAACUGGAACAGUGCUAACAAGAUCUACGUUCAUCAGCAAUGUGCUAUCUAAAAUUGGAGAGGUGUGGGCAAGUCAUGAACCUAGAAAUGGCACCUCACUUUUUAACAGUCCUAAAGCAGAGCAGCCAUCCCCUGCAGUGCGCCCCUUCCCACAUCCAGAGCGUCCCGAGGCCUUUGUCGGAACACCAGUUUCAAACACAUCCCAGAGGAUUUCUAGAUUACUGGAUUUGGUUGUUCAUCCCGUCGCCCAGCCUUCUCAGUGUUUGGAGUUUAUUCAGCAAAGCCCCACGAGAUCUCCUCUGUGUCUGCUAUCCAGUUCAUUACCAUUAGGUUCACAGUUUAAAAGGCCACAUCAGAAUACCUCCAGGCCUUCAGAAUUACUUUUACUUGAAACUCCUCUUAUAGUUAAGAAAGCUAAAUCUCUGGCUCUCUCAGCUACAUCUUCUGGAUUUGCCGAGUUUACUCCUCCAUCCAUCCUUAGGUCUGGUCUUCGAACAACACCUUUAGCAUCUCCCUCUCUGUCACCUGGAAGGUCUCUCACUCCACCUUUCAGACUCAAAGAAACUAGAAUUUCAUUCAUGGAAGAAGGCAUGAACACACACUGGACUGAUAAAGCUACAGAUGACCAAAAUGCAAAAGCAUUUGUUAGUACAUCUUUCCAUAAAUGUGGACUCCCAGCAGAAACUGAAUGGAUAAAGACCAGUGAAAAAAAUACAUAUUUUCCUCUGGAUGUCUCUGCAAAGGGCCCUCAGAAAGUGGUUGCAGACUCACAGGACACCCAUUCACGAGGUCCAGAGAAACUGGAUGUGAGCAAAGAAGACAGCACGACUUCCACCAGGUCAGACCAGACCUCCUUAGAGUAUCAUGAUGCACCGUCACCAGAAGACUUUGAAGGGGGCCCUUUUGCGUCCCCCAAGCCAGCAAGUUCUUCCACUGAACUAACUACUAAUUCAACUCUACAAACAGAGAAAGAGAAUGAUAAAGAUUUGUUUGAGUCAGAAGGUCCUCCUUCAGCCAUAGAGAAACAAAUAGGCACAGGAGACGAUGCGGUGGAAGCAUUUUCAGACUUCAGUCUCCUCGACCCUGUUCAGAGAGCUGAAGCUUCUCUUGGUGUGUCGUCAGUCUGUGAGGGGGAAACCUCCACUUCAAAAUCCAAGACAUCAGUUCUGGAUGGAAUACUGUCUAUUGAGAGCCGAACCUCUAUACUUACAGCAGACCACAAUGAAUCUGUGGCCAUCACUGUUGAAGAAGUUGAGAGCUCUGGGUCCACCGCCUCCAAGUGCCCUGUUACCUCUGAAUGUAGCCUUGACCAAAAACUAACAUUAAACUUAAAAGAAGAUGAAAUAGAAACUGAUGUACCAAAAGAGAACAUUGGCUUGCCAGAAGAAAGACCUCAAACCUCUACUGGUCCUUCUGAUACUCAAGAAAUUCAUCUAAUUAGAUGUGAAAAACUUGAAGCUCAAAAUUCAGAAGAGGAGGCCAAGACUAUCUCAUUUAAUGAGUUGUACCCCUUAGGAGCACAGCAACUUCAGUGUAACUUUGAUGCUAUUGAGCAGCAGUUCUGUGACUUGCCUGAUGAUAAAGACUCUGCUGAAUGUGAUGUUGCUGAAGUAGACGGGGAACUUUUUGUGGCCCAGAGCAACUUUACCUUGAUUUUAGAAGGUGAAGAAGGAGAAGUUGAGGCAAGUGACUCUGCAGCACCUAAUGUGUUACCGAAAGUGACUAACAUAGCAACCAAGGAAAAACCUGUGUCCCUUGUGGAACCCCAUAAUCAAGAACAUGUUACAGAUUUGCCAUCUGCUGUGACUGAGGACCAAGAAUCCCACAAGGUAGAGACUUUACCAUACGUGCCUGAACCAGUUAAAGUGGCAAUUGCAGAAAAUUUGUUGGAUGUAAUUAAAGACACAAGAAGUAAAGAAGCAACUCGCGGGGCAGCAGAUGAGGCUGUUGAUGAGGACAUAGCAGUAAUAAGCCCACAGGCUGCACAUUCGCCCAGAUUGACAAACUCUACACUGAAGACUGUUAGGAAAACACGUGCAGAGACUUUAAAUAUCAGGCAGAGUGAUAACACGGUUUCUUCUAGAACUCUCACAAGAAGGCAGCAUGCCCUAAGCCUGAAUGUCACAUCAGAACAAGAGCCCUUAGCAAUUGCUACUCCUAAAAGGAAAACUAGAAAAAUAAAAGAACUUCCUGAGUUUUCUGAAAGUACUUGUUCUGACAUAAAAGUAACACCUGAGAACCAGCUGACAGCUCAGAGUCCUCCCCUUUCUAGGAGAGGAAAGAAGAAAAAAGACGUUAGCCAAGGUACACUGACCAGCUCUGCGCCUGUGGAGCAGGAGCCUCAGAGUACACCAGAGCCAGCAGCUCUUGAAGAAACACCUUCUAGAACAAAAGUCAAGCCUUCAUCUAUCAGAAAGGGGACUCCUAGAAGACUUAAGAAAUCUGUAGAAAAUGGACAAAGUGCAAAAAUUGUAUAUGAUAUCAAAGGUAGUAAAGCAGCAAAUCAUGAUGGGGCUGUCAAAGAGCUGAUGAGCAUUGCCGAUUUAGAAGAUACUCAAAAUAUGGAGUAUAAACAAGAUGAGGAACGCAGUGACCGGCAAUUGCCUCUAAAGCGAAAAAGGGUCAGAGAAGUUAGUGUGUCGGGUGUGACAGAAGAGCUCAAGCUUACCUCAUCCCAGUUGCCUCUUCAGACAGGACUUGAUGGACCUGCCACCCCUAGGAAAUGUGGUAGGCCCAGGAAGGCAGUUCCGUUAAAAGCUGAUGGGGCCACAACUGGUAAGGAUCAGACAAGUCCCCAGAAGAAAGAAGUUCCGGUUGUCCGGAGAUCUACACGGAACACCCCAGCUAGAAAUGUGAGUACUUUAGAAAAAUCCAUUUCAGUGCCAAAUAAGGAACCUCCUGUAGUGAUGACAUCAAAGAGAAAACCUACAAAGCAGUCUGCAGACGAGAGCUCAAAAGGUUCGUUACCAGCAGAUGAAAUAGCCCACCAAGAGUCCGCUGACCAAGAAGAAAGACUGCUAGCCACUGCUGCCCUCGCUAAGUCGUCCUGGAGCACAAGGACUAGGUCGAGAAGGACCGUGUUGUUGACAGACAUUUCUGAACCCAAAACUGAGCCUUUAUUUUCUCCUCCUUCAGUGAAGGUUCCAAAGAAAAAAACAAAAGCUGACAACAUGGAGGCUGCCGCCCAACUGAAAGAAUUGGUGUCAGAUUUAUCUUCUCAGUUUGUUGUUUCCCCUCCUGCCUUGAGAACCAGGCAGAAAAGUACAUCUAAUACUUCCAAGCUUCUAGGUGAACUGGAGAGUGACUCUAAACCAUUAGAAGUCAUAGAACAAAAACCAAAAAGAAGCAGGACUGCAAAGACAAAAGCGAGCAGAAACACGGGAAAAGGAAGUUCUUGGUCACCUCCUCCUGUAGAAAUUAAGCUGGUUUCUCCCUUGGCAAGUCCAGUGGAUGAAAUAAAGAUCAGCAAGCCAAGAAAAACUGCAGAAGUAGCAGGAAAAACUCCUGGGAGGGGCAGAAAGAAGCCAUCUUCUUUUCCAAAGCAAAUUUUACGCAGGAAAAUGCUGUAAUUUUUAGCCCAAGAUUUUAACAUGCACCUGUUUGUAAAAUCAUCAGUAUUUGUGUGGAUUAUUAAAAGUCACCCAAUUUGGAUGGAAAUACUUUAUAUAAAUUGUACAAUUUUGUAAGCAAGUAAAUAAGUAAAGUAACUCCAUAUGGAGUGCAGUUCUUCUAGUCCAGGCAUUUUAUAAUACUUCAUACGUUUAUAUAAUAUGUAAAUAUGGCUUACCAUUGGGAUGUUAAAUAAACUACUGUAAAGUACA